AUGGCAGCCCUCCUCCGCCAGACAUGGACGCUGGUGCUCAAGAAUUGGCUCAUCGUCCUCGGCCGCCACAGCUUCGCCACCGUUAUCCGCGCCUUUGUCUUGCCCAUCAUUCUGACGGCCUUCCUGAGCUUCGCCCGCAACUUGUUUGUGCCCUCGGCGACGUUUGGCAUCAGUGAUGUCCGUCCGGUGCGCUCGUUGGCGGAUGGGUUGAGCGUGGCCUCGGGGAGUGGCAGGGAUAAUGUGGUGUUUGUGAAUAAGGGGUUUACGGGGGGUGAGAUCGAGCGCGUGAUUGACGAGUUGGCGAGGGUGGUGAGGGUGGAUGCCGGGUUGAAUGCCAGCGUCGUGGAGAGCGAAGAGGAGGUGCCGAUCGUCUGCCGGGCUUCCCUCCGCGGCGUCACCCCGUGCGCUGCUGCCGUCAUCUUCCAUGGCUCUCCGACCGAGGGCGGUGGCGGGCGGUGGAAUUAUACCCUUCGCGCCGACGCCGCCCUCGGCGCUGGCCGCAUCGACGCCGAGAGCGAUACGAACGACGCCCAGGUCUAUUUGCUGCCCUUGCAGCACGCCCUUGACUCCGCCAUCUCUCGCCAGAAUGGCGGUGCCGAUGGCGGCGUCGAGGGCGCAGAGCCGCUUCCCAGUGCCAUGGACGAGUACCCCUUCACCUCGCUCACCAAUGAGGAGCUGGCCGACCGCGUCCGUGUCGUUUAUCAGGGCAUGAUCAUGAACUUCCUCGGCGUCGUCUUUAUCGUAACGAUCAUUGGUAUCGCUUACCACAUGGCUGGAUUCAUCGCGACCGAGCGAGAGUCGGGCAUGUCGACCCUGAUCGAGGCCAUGAUGGCUAACAAAAGCCGCUGGCAACCCCAGGCCGCUCGUAUCAUUGCGUACCACAUAUCUUUCUCGGUCCUGUACCUUCCUGGCUGGGUUGUGUCGGCUUUGAUUUUGUGGUCUGGCGUCUUCGUCCACACGAGCGCUGCCGUUGUUUUCUUCUACUUCAUCCUCUCCGGUCUAGCCCUCGGCUCCAUGGCGAUCCUCGGCGCCGCCUUCUUCAAGAAGGCCCAGCUGAGUGGUGUGUUGAUCACCAUCCUCUUCAUUCUUCUGGCCAUCAUCGCGCAGACAAUCAGCUGGCCCCAAACGUCCGCCGUCGUCGUGCUUAGUCUUCUCUUCACGCCCUGCAACUUCACUUAUUUCAUCUCGCUGCUCGCCCGCUGGGAGCAGCAGGAAUGGCCGACCGACCUCUCCCAAUCGCCACCCAAUAGCCCCUGGGAGCUGCCGGGUAUCGUCUUCUUCAUCUUCCUCGCCGUGCAGGUCAUCGUGUACCCGAUCAUCGGAGCCCUGGUCGAGCGGUGGCUGCACGGCACCACGUCCAGCGGGCGCAACAUCGUUGUGGGCGACAAGAACCGGGGCGAUCUCGGCUCGGACUGCGCCGUGCAGCUCGAGGAGUUCACCAAGGUCUACAGCCCCGGCAUCCUGCGCCGCAUGUUCUCCUUCAUCUCAAGACCCAAGGAGCCCGUGGUUGCCGUCAACAAGCUCACGCUGAACGCGACCCGGGGUCAGAUCCUCGCCCUGCUCGGCGCCAACGGCAGCGGAAAGAGCACUACGCUCGACACCAUCGCCGGCAUCAACAAGGCCACUAGCGGCCGCAUCACCAUCGACGGCACCGGCGGCCUGGGCAUCGCCCCGCAAAAGAACGUCCUCUGGGACGAGCUGACCGUCUUCGAACACAUCCGCAUCUUCAACAAGCUCAAGUCUCCCAGCAAAUAUGCCUCCAAGGACGAGAUCCGCGAACUGGUGCUGGCCGUCGAUUUGGAGAAGAAGAUGAAGGCCCAGUCGCGUACCCUCUCGGGCGGCCAGAAGCGGAAGCUGCAGCUCGGGAUGAUGCUUACGGGCGGCAGCGCCGUGUGCUGCGUCGACGAAGUCUCCAGCGGCUUGGACCCCCUGAGCCGAAGGAAGAUCUGGGAUAUCCUGCUGGCCGAGCGCGGACGGCGCACCAUGAUUCUGACGACCCAUUUCCUAGACGAGGCUGAUUUGUUGGCCGACUACAUCGCCGUCAUGUCCAAGGGUAAUCUCCGUGCCAAGGGAACCUCCGUGGAGCUGAAGGACCGGCUGGGCGGCGGGUACAAGAUUCAUAUCAACAACGUCAAGCUGAUCCCGCAACUGCCCAAUAUUGCCGGCGUGAAGAAGAAGGCUACUCACGAAGAGGCUGCGUACAUUGCAUCGACGUCCGCAAUGGCGGCGACUGUUAUUAGGGAGCUUGAGGCGGCCGGCAUUACGGACUACCGGUUCUCCGGGCCGACGAUCGAGGAUGUCUUCCUGCAGCUUGCCGACGAGGUUCGCGGUGACGGUUCGGGGCUCGACUCGCGCGGGAUCCUUAGCUCGGCCGACGAGAAGUCUGAGAAGGCGGCCGACGCUACGGAGACGGAGAAGGGCCUCGAACUCAUGUCCGGACAGCCCGUCGGCUUCUUCAGACAGAUCUGGGUGCUGUUUCUUAAGCGGUGCGUCAUCUUCAAGGGCAACUGGUUCCCGUCCGCCAUUGCGUUCGUGAUCCCCGUCAUCGCGGCCGGUCUGGUUAUGCUAUUUGUCCGGGACCAGCCUGCCCUUGGGUGCUCCCCCCUAGAGCAGUCAUCGAGGGCAACGGCCGUCAACAUCUUUGACCUCGAUUUAUUCUUGGUUGGUGGUCCGCCGGACAAGUUCUCGGAGGAUAACCUGCUUCGUUUGUUUGCGCCCAUCUACCUCGAUAUGCAGGCCAACAACGGCGGCAAUGGCAGCUUCAGCCAGGGUAACGGGUCGUCGGCAGGACCGGCCGCCCUCUUCCAGGACCUGACUCUCGUCAACUCGAUCGACGAGUUCAACAACGCCGUCGUCCAGUAUCGCAAGAAUAUUACGCCCGCCGGAAUCUGGCUCGGCGACGACAAUUCUAGUCCAACCCUCGUCUACAAAGCCAACGCGCCCGAAAUGGUCUACGCCUGGUUCGGCAAAUGGGUCAUGGAUAUGUUGCUGACCAACACCACCAUCGCAUCGAACUACAUCCCUUUCGAUAGUCCGUUUGCUCCAGAUGCCGGUGAUUCGCUACAGCUAGUGGUGUACAUCGGUCUUGCUCUGUGCGCCUACCCGGCCUUCUUCUCGCUAUACCCCAACUUGGAACGCCGCCGUCAAGUUCGCGGCUUGCAGUAUUCAAACGGAGUCAAGCCGCUGCCCCUAUGGAUCGCCUACACGGCCUUCGACUUCGCCAUUGUGCUGGCCGGGGCGGUCAUCAGCAUCGCGCUGCUUGCUGGCCUCGCCCCCAACUUGUGGUACCACAUAGGUUACGUCUUCUUGAUCUUCAUCCUGCACGGUCUCGCGUCCAUCUUGCUGGCCUACAACGUAUCGCUAGUCGCUGCCAACCAGCUGUCGUCCUACGCCUUCACGGCCGCCUGGCAGGUCGUCUGGGUUCUCAUCUACCUCAUCUGCUACAUGGUCGUCAUCAUGUACGCGCCGGUCCACCAGAUCGACAAUUUUGUGCUCGUCGUACAUUUUGUCAUCUCGGUGUUUGCGCCCAUCAACUCGGUCAUCCGCGCGCUCUUCGUGACCUUGAACCUCUUCUCCACGGCCUGCGACGGCCACCAACUAUCUUCCAACCCGGGUAGCAUGGUCCAAUACGGCGGCCCGAUCUUGUACCUAUUCGUCCAGAUCGCCAUCCUUUUCCUCGUCCUCGUCUGGGCCGAUGGCGGCAACGCAGGCUUCAGCCUCUGGCGCAUGUUCAAGCGCUCCGCCCCCCCUUCGCAGAGCACCGCCGAGGAGCGCGCCGCCAUCUCCGACGAAGAAGUCGCCAACGAGCUCGUCCGCGUCAAGUCCAACGCCACCACCGGCGCCACCAGCCCGACCGACGGCCUGCGCGUCGUCAACCUCACCAAGACCUUCGGCUCCAACACCGCCGUCGACAACGUCACCUUCGGCAUCCCGCACGGCGAGGUCUUCGCCCUGCUCGGCCCCAACGGCGCCGGCAAGUCCACCACCAUCAGCGUCAUCCGCGGCGACCUCAAACCCUCCGCCGGCGGCGACGUCUUCGUCGAAGACGCCAGCGUCACCCGCCACCUCGCCACCGCGCGCACCCACCUCGGCGUCUGCCCACAAUUCGACGCCGUCGACGUCAUGACGGUGGAAGAACACCUGCGCUUCUACGCGCGCGUGCGCGGCAUCCCCGACAUCGCCCACAACGUGUCCGCCGUCCUCCGCGCCGUCGGCCUCGCCGCCUUCCGCACCCGCCAGGCCCACGCCCUCUCGGGCGGCAACAAGCGCAAGCUGUCCCUGGGGAUCGCCCUCAUGGGCAACCCCUCCGUGCUCCUCCUCGACGAGCCCUCCUCGGGCCUCGACGCCGCCGCCAAGCGCGUCAUGUGGCGCACCCUGGCCGCGACCGUCCCCGGCCGGAGCUUGUUGCUGACGACGCAUAGCAUGGAGGAGGCGGAUGCGCUGGCCGGGCGCGCGGGGAUUCUGGCCAAGCGCAUGCUGGCGCUGGGCGGGGUUGAGCAGUUGCGCCACCGCUUUGGCGAUCGCCUGCAUGUGCAUCUGGUCUGUCGGGGCGCGCCGCGCACGCCGGAUGCGGAUGUCGAGCGGGUCCGGCAGUGGGUGCUAAGGGAGCUGGAGGGUGCGGAUGUGGAGCAGAAGACGUACCAUGGCCAGAUGCGCUUUACGGUGCCGGCGGCUGCGGUUGCUGCGGAGGGUAGUGAGGGGGUGUCGCCGGUGGAGCAGGAUGAGAUUGGUCGCGCGGCGGCUGGGGGUGGGUCGUCGUCUUCGGCGUCGUCGGGGUCGGCGAUCGGCAGGCUGGUGGUGUUGUUGGAGGAGAACAGGGAGGCGCUGGGGAUUGAGCAUUAUAGUGUCAGCCCGACGACGCUGGAUCAGGUGUUCUUGACGGUGGUCGGGGCGCAUAAUGUUAAGGAGGAGGGGUAUCAGGAGGAGACGAAGAAGAAGGCGUGGUGGCAGUGGGGGAAAUAG